GCGCUUCUUACCUUCAUCACUUGCGCUGUUACUUCUUGAUUAUAUUCAUCGGACAAAUAAGGUAAUGGUGUUGACAUGUUUCAGUUGUCUGACUUAUGAAUGGGCAAGGCGGUGUUGACGAUUCAGGAUUGCCCAUCUUCGGCUUGAAUGUUUGUGUGCGGUGUGGAGGUGGCCUGAAUAAUAGGCACAUUACGCCGAUGACCAGCUUGAGAAGGACUCACAACCUUUUUGGGCUGUCCAUGCUUUUAAAACGGUGCUCGACUCUCUUCUCGCCGAUAGCCAAGCGCAAAGCAAAUGAUGAAGCAUCAAUCACCAUUGCAAGCGACAAAACAUCGAUCAUCAUUGCAAGUGAACAAAUAUCAAUCACCAGUGCAAAGGAAGAAGCAUCAUUCACCAAAAUCCAUGGCAAGACAUCAGCCUGCAGUUGUCAGCAAAGAGUGGAUUUGUUGGCUCUAGGUCGCAAGAUAGAUGGACUACUCAUAUGCGGAGAUGGACAAUAUGAGAUCGGCGUAUUAGAGAUGGGAAAGGCAGAUGAAGGCACCACAGCAACUAAGGUCUUGAGUGAUGGAAGGAAGCUAGCGAAACUUUUGAAAGAUAUGUUUGAUACUAUUGGUAGUCAGUGUCUGCGGGCAGGUGAGAUCAAGGGUAAGUUGCAAGUGUAUGGACUUGUGUCUGGAUUGCGAGUCAAAUUUGUGUCGUUACGAUAUCUGGAAGGUCGUUUCUACCGUCUGACACGGGAGCACACCAUCUCAGUUCCACUGAAGUGGACAGAAAAGAGCAUCCGCAGAAUUUUGGUUAUCGUGGCAGAGUUUUUGCUGUUCAGGAAUCGUAUGGAAGCAACGGCGAAGCUUGUGGAGGAUCGGUCCAAUCCUAAUGUUGAUGAGCUCAAGAAUGUGAUGUCUGGGUCAGUUCGCUCCUGUACCCCACCAGCCUAUGCCCGCACUCUUUCUAUACCCAAAAACUCGCCAAAGCGUCGUCGAUGAGGUUUCUUUUGAUAUGGCAAAACUAUUUACUAUGUUUAUAUUCUCUCAGUCUGCCGAACAAAAAAUAAAUAUGAGAAAUAUAUUGGCUUCUCUCAAGUAUAGCUACUGAAUGCGUAAUUUUUAAGGAAAGCCUUACAAAUUUAAUUUUGUC